GAGAAGAGAUACAAAUUUUUAAAGAAAAGCUUAAUGACCAUCCAUGAGGAAAACACGGUAGAUGAAGAAGAUGUUAAGGAUGGAAUUGGAGGUCAGCUAUCAAGGAAUGAUGAGGACUGCCUUUUCUUGGGCGUGUCUCUCAAUGGUGACCCUGAUGUUUUGGUUGAACCAGAGUCAUUGAUCCCACCAGAUCUUAGAACUCCCUCUCCUCGCAAAAGCUCGGCUCCAUACUGCGUCAUGGAGGAAAGCCAAAUGAAAAGGCAAAAGAACAAGAAUGAUCAGCCACUUGAUAAAGAUAUGAUGAGACAAGUUAAUGCAGUCAAUUCUUCAAAAAUCAAGGAAGGUUGUGAGGCAAGUAUGGCUAUUUCACGAGAGAUUUCAAAUUACGCCGAAUACACAUACACCCUCGAUAUCACCCCUUUCACACCUGACUGUUGCCAUACAGUCUUCCUCGUCUUCCUCUGCACCAUGCCCGGCAGGACCCAGUCUACCUCAGCAUCGGUUGACGCUUAGAGAUUGGUGUCAGCCACGUAAGGCAGCAGUCACCGGUAGUCUGCAAAACCAUCCCCCCGACACUGCCGAUCCUCCUCCUCCUCCUCCUCCUCCUUUAUCAAGAUCAGCGGCCACGUACCAGUUAGGUCUGGACGCAUCUAUAGCCACAUAUGUCGAAAAGCAAAAGUUGUCUACGUCAGCUUUUUUCCGCUUUGCCGCAUUGAGGCUACAGUAUGGAUGGCGGUCAUCCAUGAUGGAUGCUGAAUGGCGAGAAGCAGGUCUGAUUUACAAUGACCAUUUUACUGAAAUCAAACCUGUUUUUUACAACACCAGCUUCCCCUUGCCAAGGGAUGAGGUCGAGCGUUCAGUGCAGACUCUGAAAUUGCAUUGCGCUGACUUUGAACGGAGAAUUUCCUCCAAAGUGGCUUCCGCUUUGGCUGACAAAAGUGAACGCUUUCAACCGUGUAGAUAGGGCCGAGAUGGCAGCUGCUGUCAAGACCCAUGCGCCGACGCUUUGGAGGACUUGCAAAUGGGCCUAUGGCGACUCGUCCGACCUUGUGUGUGGCGACAAAAUCCUUCAAUCCUCUCAAGGUGUUCGACAGGGUGACCCCUUUGGCCCUCUCUUCUUCUCAAUCACCCUCCGACCAACCUUGAAUGCCCUCAGUCAAUCGCUAGGUCCGUCUACGCAAGCGCUCGCUUAUCUCGAUGACAUCUACCUCUUCUCAAACGACUCGCAAGUCCUCAGCAAAACUACCCAAUUCCUCGCCGACAAGCAGCACAUCAUCAAGCUCAACGAAAAGAAAUGCAAGUUAAUCAGCUUCGAUGAGAUCAGGCAGGAUGGCUUCAAGAUGCUAGGGACGAUGGUAGGAGGUAAGGAGAAGCGAGCGGAGUUUCUGGAAGGCAGGAUUCGGAAGGAAAUGGCAAAGGUGGGCAAGCUCAAGGAUCUUCCACAUCAACACGCGCUCCUUCUAUUACGCUUCUGCAUUCAGCAAAAUCUACGACACCUGCAGAGAAGCCUGCGCUCGGACGACCUUGUAGACCUAUGGGAGAGGCUGGACACGAUGCUAUGGGAGGAGGUGAAAAGGAUGAGGAUGAGGCAGCGAGAGGAUACAGCGGAAGAGGAGGCUCUCGGGAGAUCGUUGACGAAGCUACCAGCGCGACUGGGCGGACUAGGUCUACUUUCCUUCAAAGAUGUAGCCCCCCUUGCUUACCGCUCGGCAGCCGAGGCCUCCGACACUCUCCUCGAUAACCUAGGUCUCCUUUCUUCGCCUGAGGAACCUCCAACUCCGGUCCCCCAACGAACUCGAUGCGCAGAACUCUGGGAAUCGCAACAGGAAGCCAUCCUACAUAAUCUCGGCGACACUGAACGCAAGCGACUCACCGAGAAUGCCUCCAGACUCGGCCGAAGUUGGUUAUCAGUCAUCCCUUACCUUCAGCCCCUGCGCCUUUCCAACGUCGAGAUUGCCUCGGGUCUCCACGACCGCACCCUGGUCGGCUCCUCGAUACCUGUCUGUCGCUUCUGUGGGUCGGACUCACCUUUGGGUCACGACGAGCUUUGCCGCGCCCGCAACCCCUGGACCCAGCGCCGGCACAAUGCCAUCAACCGCGUCAUCUAUCAACACCUCAAACAAAUCCAAGGUGCCACGGUUGAGAUUGAGCCCCACACGCUGUCGGGACAAAGGAGAAACGACCUUCGGGUCAGAGGUUCCAGCGCGCUGGCCUUCACUGACUACGACCUGAAGGUUUACUCCCUCGGGGACCGAGACGCGAGGAGCACAGCCACCCCCAGCACCCCCAACAGCAAACUGGCCGAAUUCUGCUUGGACCGGUGCGUGAACUGGCUCGACAAGGUGGGUCAGGUCGUCUCCAAGAACGCUCCGAAAGUCACCGGUGGGGUCUUUAAACCGAUCAUCCUUUCCACUGGUGGCCUGAUGAGCAGGAGCACAGCAGACGAAUGGAAGGAGUGGAGGGAGGCGAUGCCGGUGGGGGGGUUCGAGAAAAUGGAGAAACGGAUUGGUGUCGAGUUAGUAAAGGCAAGGGCGAGGACGCUGGUCUUAUGAGGAAGAGGAGGUUGGAUUAUUUUUUCUUUUCUUUAAAAAGUUGUUUAUUUAAGUAGUUUCUUUCAUUCGGGUAACACACACGACAACCCAAUAAAUUAAACAACGAAAAAAUGCAACCUCUAUAACCCCUAAGGCUCUAGGGAGAUCGUUGACGAAGCUACCAGCGCGACUGGGCGGACUAGGUCUACUUUCCUUCAAAGAUGUAGCCCCCCUUGCUUACCGCUCGGCAGCCGAGGCCUCCGACACUCUCCUCGAUAACCUA